UUAAACGUCAAUUACCGUUUCGCUCUUCCAUUAUAUAACCAAAGCAACAACAACAAUUCUUCACAAAUGUUUACUAGAAACAAAAGCAUGAACAACAUCAAACAGUUUCUCUUAGCCAUUUUUAUUUAUCUUGUUUUAUCAUGUCAUGAUCGUGUAUUAGCAAGCAGCACGACCACCAGAGACAUCAUAGUCCCGAAGAUUUCUGACUGGCAAAUCACGGUGGUCAACGGUUUAAUCACCAGUGAAACUCUCUUCGUCCAUUGUAAAUCUAAAGACGACGACUUAGGCGAACAAAAUCUGCAUCUGGGAGAUAGAUUUUCUUGGACUUUUGGAGAAAAUAUGCUUCACUCAACGUUAUUUUGGUGCUACUUGAGUAAAGAUGAUGGUCAUAUGAAUGUGAAAGUGUUUUGGGAUGAUGUAAUUUUGUUUCAUAGAUGCGGUUGGGAAAAAUGCGUUUGGACCGCUAAAACUGAUGGGCUUUAUCUUUGGAACUCUGCUAUUGGUGAAGGCUUAUUACUAGAGAAAUGGGAAACUGGGUGGUGAAGAAAUUUUUCUUGCUAAUUGUAUGAUUAUAAAUUAAUUUUGUUGUUUUAUGCAUAAAAAAUACUAAUUCAUAAUAGCUUUCAUAAAUCUCCAUGUUUCACUUUUAAACUUUUCCACUAAUAAUAAAAUGUUUUGUUUGUUAUUAAAUUUAUAUAUCUAUAUAUACAAACCUGUUAAUAUAAGUGAUGUACUCAUGGACAUAAAAUGAUAAAAAAAUCAUUAAUUAAAAUAUAUUGUUGCGACACUAUAAUGAUAAUGCAUUACAUAGUUUUUUAUUUAAAUGAUUUUCUUUAAGAAUUUUAUCUGAAAAUAAGAUUUUGAUUUAAAAUGUAUUGUUAUGGCAUUUUUAUUUAAAAUACUCUAACACACAUUUUGGACAACAACAUGAACUUCAUUCGAUCUUGUAUUGAUCUCAAUUGCUUAUGGAUAUAAUACGAAAAUGUUUUGUUUCUGUUUGACAUACAUCACUGAGGUUUGGUUUGAUCUAUAAGUGUGAUUAUCAUUCUCUAGAACUCGAGAAAUACUCUAGUUGGUUAUGAAUAAUUAUUUUUUUACUAAUGGCUUUCAUUAUUUAUGAAUAAGUGGUAAAACCCCAUCUUAAACAAAAUCUAACUGAUAAUCAUUAGAAGAAUAUGAGAAAUAAAAAAAAAAGGAAUGAAGAAAAAUAAAAUAAGAAGAAAAUCUAUUCUUCUCAUAAUUUGAUAAAGAAUAAUUGUAGUCUAUUAUUCCUUAAAUGUAAAGGAAUGUAAAAAAAUAAUAGGUAAUAAAUAUUCUUUAUAAAUGGUAUAAGUUAUAAGGAAUGAUAAGAAUUCACUAUUUUCACUCAUUCUCUUGGUCAUCACUUAGAACCUUAGAAUAUUGAUAUUUUGUGGUUACAGAGUUUACGGGAGUAAAUCCCAAACCAGGAAUUAUUUUACUAGUCAAACCGGUAAAAACAACCAACUAGGCAAGUAUAUCACAUUAAAUAUAAAACGCAGUCAAAGUAUUUAAUGGAUGGACAAAUAUAUUCGUUCUUAUUUUUUGUAUAUAUAUAUGAGUGACAGAUAUAUUGUCAUAUUCGUCACAAAACAUCUGUUAUACAUCUGAGAAAAAAAUGGGAAAAUAUUUACUAAUUUUUUUUGCUAUCCUCAUUUCCUUUGAUUCUAUAAACUCGUUGAUGCCUCCUCUUUUCAGAAAAUUCAAUGUUGAAAUCGUAAACAAGUUAGGGUUUAACAAGAAACUCAAGGUUCAUUGCAAGAGCGGAAGUCAUGAUUUUCCGAUUACGUAUCUUAAUAUCGGCGAAAGUUUUCAAUUUAAAUUUACAAUCCUCCUAACUACUCUAUAUUGGUGCAAUUUGUGGCAGGGCCCAAAUUACAAACACCACGUGGUUUUUGAUGCGUUUCUUCCGGACAAAGAUUUUAUAGAUGGUACAUGUACUGGAAUGCACCCUAAUGUAUGUAUGUGGAUCGCAAGGGAAGAUGGAGUCUAUGUCCUCAACAAGAAAUUUCAUGGAGAAUAUUUCAUGUAUAAAUGGGAUGCUCCCACAAGAAACACUUCAGAGGUUGCACCUGCGAGUGAAUAUGAAUUUAAUCAUGUAUAAAUAUAUAUCGUACAAGUGGAUAACUUGUUUUUGGGUGGUCAAUUCUUAAUAUCGAAACCGUUAUGCUGUCGCUUUGGAUAAAUUAUCAAAUAACUUUUAUU